CGUCAAUCGGGUUUUCGGCUGCAGCUUUUCCGGUGGUUCACGACCUUUUCUCGACUGCUUUCCCCAUUCCUUUUUCAACGACCUUCAUCACAAAAGAAACUUGAACCUUCGUGUGAAUCUCGACAAAUGGACGCAGACAUAAAGCGCUGGACAGGCCUCUCCUCCCACGGCCAACUCACCUACUACCCCGGCGAACGAGUCACCCUAACCCGCCAACAGCGUACCGCCUCCCCCUCCCGAAGCAUCACCACCGGCGCCCCUCGGAACAGCUCACCAACUCGCCGCGCCCAAACCACCACAACAACUAAAACCCCAACAGCACACCUCCGCGUCCCCCUCCACGCCGAACGCUCUUUCAUUGCCUCCGUCCUGGACAAGCUCUCCGCGUCUCAGAAAAAGCAUGUGGACACGCUGUAUCAUGGGUACCUGAACCCGGCCGUGACGAAUCGGAUGUAUAAGGAGGUGAAGGAGGCGCAUGGGAAGGCGAGGACGGCGCCGGAGGGGUUGGGGAGGGCUGACGAGUGUGUUGGUGGUAGUGAUGGUGGAAUGCAAGGGUUGGAGAGCGUACCGGAAGGUGUGAGAGUGCACGCGGGAGGGUCCGUAGGCAAAAGGGGGGCAGAUGUUGGGCGUGCGGAGGUGGGCGCGAAGGUACAGACUACGGGAGAGAAGCCACAAGCGCUUGUGCACCAUACCACGGACCUGCACGAUGUGCUGGAACAGUACGACGCUGUCAAGUUGCGGGAUACGGUUUUCCCCCCGCUCGGAGGAAACGGGGCCGACGGCGCUCACCACCUGCAACCUCCGCCCUACCAACCCCGUUCCGAUCACUCUGAGACCCCCUCCACCACAACCGCCCAGCCUACACUCCCAUCUCUACCCUCUCCAACUUCCGCUCCCCGCACAUCCAGCGACGCAGAGGGUAAUCUGACGACCCACCAGCACUACAUCGUGCCCAAUGCGUCGCUGAACCUGACGAAACGGGAGGAAUGGAAAGCGAGACGGGAGAUCGAUGCGACGUUGGAGCGCGUGCAUUGGACGUCGACUACGAAGCGGUUUGCGAAAGUGGAUCGGUUGCAGGAGCUUUAUGCUUACUUGGAGAAGGAGUUGCAAGUGCUAGAUGCACCCGCCGUUGGACCGGAUUUCCGUCGACUGCAGGUGUACGGCGCAGUCUGGGAGAAGAUUAUCAUCGAGUUCAGAGUGUACGGGCCUAUUCUUGCCGAGAUCAAGAACGAGUACGACAAAACCAUCGCCAGCUUCCACAAUGACCAGCGCGAGCUCACCUUCCUCCGCACAAAAGUCCAGAAACUGCUCGCGCAGAACGAGAACAGGCUACUGGUCAAAUUCGAGCGGAGAAAGACCAAGACCUUGGCUGCGAAAUAUGUGGCGCUGGAAGUCGAGAAUGCAAGAUUGAAAGACGAACUCCGUCGAAAACUGGCUCAGUACGCCGCAUACCUCCCUCCCUCGAUCUUGGAACAGAAGAAAAGGGAAGACACAACCCUAGCGGAAGUCGGGCCGGACAUCAAAACCUUCAAAGCCGGCGAGGAUCCCAUCACGAUGUAUGAAAAGCAAGUAGAGGGCCUCAACUCGCAAAUCGCACAACGAGACGACCAGCUGGUUGCGCUCAAGAAGGAUAUGGAGGAAAACACCGUGCCGAAGGCGGAGAACGAUAAAGUCGAGACGGCGUUGAAGAAAACACAGUCGUCGCUACAGGCACUUCAAGUCCAAUCCGCCGAGCUGAAGCUGGAGCUGGCGCAACAGAACCACAAACUGGCAGAUAUGGCAGCUGCUCUGAAGGAGAAGCAGCAUCAGUACGAUGUUCUGAAUAAGGAAUACAGCGAAUUGUCCGAGGCGGUGGCCAGAAAAUUCGAUGCAGAUAUGCCAUAGAUCAACUGUCUCGGGUUCGAGAACAAUCUGACGUGAUGUAGCUACAGCAGAGCAGCGUAUAGAUUUGACAACAUUAGAUGCAGGCCACUUUCUCAUUCUGCUCUGCAACCUAUUUCCUCUCAGGGUGCUUAUAAGC